UCUUCCGAUCAAGGUCAGAUCCAAUCGCUCCCUGCUUCUUGUUCUCCGCUAACGUCGAAAUCCAUCAUCCAAAGUAGUCUCUGAUUCGUUCCGGUCUAGCGUUCUCAGCUUGGAUUUGUUAGUUUUUUUACUCCGAUUAUGAUGUUCUGCUGUGCUGUAGCUUUAAUUCCUGCUUCGGUUUUUGUCCCUUGUAUGCCCUAGCCUUCCCACAUCGCUCUCCAUCGGCUUCCUCCUCGGAUUGAAAUCCCUCUUGCUGCUUUCAGGCUGCAAGAAUUCCUUAUGGCUGGGUUAGCGGAAUUAAAGAAAAAGCUACAGCCUUUAUUUGAUGCGGAGACUGGACCUUCCAUGGGAAUUUCAAUGGAUUCCUUAGACUCAUAUAUGGUAGCGAAUGAAGGAGCUGUCAAUUUAUUGAGCAAGUCUUGCGGAGUUUACAGCUUCUCCGAACACGGCUUGGAGAAGCGAACAAGUGGGAUUUUUGAUGAUGUUGACAAUAGUGAACAAUCUUAUCGUUGUUCUUCCCGCGAGAUGCAUGUGUUUGGAGCCAUCGGAUGUGGGUCAAGCAGUGUUGUUUACAAGGCCAUUCAUACAACAGUUCACAGAAUCUUAGCCUUAAAGAAGAUUAACGUCUUCGAAAAGGAGAAAAGGCAGCAACUUCUUAACGAAGUAAAAACGCUAUGUGAGGCAGCUUGUUUUCAAGGACUAGUUGAAUUCCAUGGGGCAUUUUAUACCCCUGAGUAUGGACAGAUAAGCAUUGCACUCGAAUAUGUGGAUGGAGGUUCACUUGCAGAUGUUCUGUUGUUAAAAAAGUCCAUACCUGAGCCAAUUCUUUCGCACAUGGUUCAUAAAUUAUUGCUUGCACUGGGAUAUUUACAUGGAGAAAGACGUUUGGUUCACAGAGAUAUAAAACCGGCAAACUUGCUCAUAAAUCUCAAAGGCGAGACUAAGAUUUCUGAUUUUGGUAUUAGUGCAGCUUUAAACAACUCAAUAUCUAUGUGUGAAACUUUUGUUGGAACGGUUACAUACAUGUCACCUGAGAGAAUCCGAAAUGAGAGUUAUUCAUAUUCUGCUGAUAUCUGGAGCUUUGGUGUAGCCAUGCUCGAGUGUGCUACUGGUAAAUUUCCCUAUUCAGCUAGUGAAGGAGCUGUCAAUCUGAUGUUACAGAUUAUGUAUGAUCCAUCACCUUCACCUCCUAAGGAUUCAUUUUCACCAGAGUUCUGCUCCUUCAUUGAUUCUUGCCUUAAUAAAGAUCCUAGUGCAAGACCAAGAGCAGAUGAGCUUCUGACUCAUCCAUUUAUAAAGAAAUACGAGAAAAAAAGCGUGGAUUUGGCCGCAUACAUUCGAAAAGUUUUUGAUCCAGUUCAGAAAAUGAAGGACAUGGCUGAUAUGCUUGCCAUACACUAUUACUUGUUGUUUGACGGCGCUGAUGGGCACUGGCAUCAUGCUAAAAGCUUCUAUGAUGAGAAAUCAGUUUUCAGAUUCUCAGGAAAACAGUUCCGUGGACAAAGUCGCAUAUUUCCAGCUCUCACUGACAUAAGGCGAAAAUUAACAGGCAACCGGCCGCGCGAAAAACUCAUCCAUGUCGUCGAGAAGCUCCAUUGCCGUUCCCACGGCGAUGACGGGAUCGCAAUCCGGGCGUCGGGAUCUUUCAUCUUUGGCAAUCAGUUUCUCAUAUGUGGCAAUGGCGUGCAGGCAGAGGGUCUUCCCAACCUUCAGGAAAGCUCCCUUGAUUUGGCCAGCAAGAGAAUGGGUUCUUUUCAAGAGCAGUUCAUUAUGGAACCAGGUAGCUCAAUUGGAGUUUUCAUGAUUACUGAACAAGAUCUCUACAUUCAAGCAUCAUGAUAUUUCCAAGUUUUAAGGGGGGUUUAUAUAAAUAUCAUGAAGUUGUACAUAUUUAUGUAUCUAGUAUCUAAUUAUUUAUAUUUAUUUAUGUGACACUUGGUGUUUAAGGGUCUCUUUGGGGAAGUUGCAGCUGUUUGAAAAAAAAAAAAAAUAUAGCUUUGAAACUGCUGCAAAAGAAGUUUAAAAAGAUGACCGUAGAUUUCUAGCAGUCACUGCACUUAGUCAGGUUUGGUUGCAAAAUGUAGUUUUCAGUUAAUAUAGUGUGUGUUAGCGCACGGCCGCCCCCAAAUGAGACAAAAAUCACAUUGAGUUAAAAUUAGUGGCUU